AUGAAAUUCCUGGCGCCAGCAUGGCUGGUGCUGGCGUUGGUGUUGCCCGGCCUGGCGGAGUGGCCAUGUAGUGCAGAGAGCACCUUCGAAGCGGCAAACUACGUGACGCUUUGGUCGAACCCGCCGGCAAUACACACAGUUCGGGCACCGUCCAGGAAGUGGCAGCUCUACCUUCCUUUUGUCAAAGACCUGCCAGCGCAGAUCGAUCCGGAAAAUGGUCAACCGUUUGCGACCCUCGCUUAUCACGAAGACCCCUCUGUGACGUUGGACGCGCAGGAACAAGAGAUCAAACUCAAGAUCCCUGUCGAAAUUUCAGCGCAGCAAAACGGAUGCACGUGGAAAGAGCCACAUCGCGGCAGCAAAAGAAUUUGUUCAACACACUAUUCCGGCUUUUUCCACUGGCUUGUAGGUUCCUCAUAUGAGAAGUGCCACAACACGCACGGUGUUGCAAAACUUGUUGCUUCAACGGUGCUACAGUUUUCGGUGAACUUGCCCUCGCUGUCCUUCCGUUGGCAAUCCACCAACAAGGUCCAGAGUUCCAGCAAAUGGGGUUCAUGUUUGCACCACUCGCCUCGCAUAGAGAACUAUGACACCGCCUCGGUCAUCGGCAGGUUGAGAGAUCGCAUCAUGAAGAGCUGGACGCAUCAUGAAUGGAGGCCUGUGCAGGUGCUGGAUCUGACGGACGGAGCUCGUUUGAUUUUGCAUUUUCACGCUCCAAGAGUGGAGUUCAGGGAGGGUGCCACGGCCAUUCUUGGCUCUGCGGUGGCGUGUAUUCAAGACAGGCAGAGCAAGACAUAUGUAUCGAUAAGGCCAGAGAAUGGUGCCACGCAAACACGCUCUCGUACCAAACCACCCUUUGUCAAAUACCACUCCAAUGUGCAGCAAGUCCUCACGCCUGACUUUCAACUUGAAGGGUCGCUCAUUUUCAGAUGGGAGGGGAGUUCCAAUGUAUCAGUCCGUGUGAGCAAUGACGCGAUGCAGGUCACAGCACACAUCAUUCAGGAGAAAGGAAUUGGACACAUGAAUCGGACUACUCGAGUCUCCUUACAAGCAAGCCAGGAAAAAGGAGUUCAAACCCCGUCGUCAAGCUACCAUCACUGGUGGCGGCGGUUUGUGCCUUCCGUAGUGUCCGCCCCAAGGCAACAGAGCUCGGCUCCCAAGUGGCAAACAACAGUCGUGAGCCAAGUGCAGAAUAAGUUCUUCUGGUUGUCGGUUGAGAAGGUUGAUGAUGAUUGGCAAAUGAUUUCGCUGGGGCAAGGGAGGAUCCCAGGCCAAGACCCACUUCUUCAGAAGAAGAUCCCGAGAGGCAAGGCUCCACUUAAGGCAAUCUCACUCUCCAGCUUCGACCAGGGUGCUGAGUGGUACUUGGACACCGGCAACGUUGAUCAGGUUUGUGGCCUUCCCACAACUCUGACAGGAAAGGGCCGGUUGGUGCGAAUCUCCACUCAAUUGUUUCAGGCCAUGCUCACUGUGCAGUCAGGGCGCGUCGUGAAGCGUUAUGUUUCGACAAAUUCCACAACCUUCCGUAAUGCAACACUCAACUACAGCUUGGAAGUAGGAGAGAUUGAAGUGAAAAUGGAACGUCCCAAAAUCGUUAAGCAUGCUCCUUCCAAUUUCCUACAUGUGGCCGUGGUGAAUUCCAGCACAGUUGCGCAAUGUAGCGGCCGUUCGCUUCCUAUUCUUGCAGCUUCCUUGGAUCACUUUCAAGGCUCCGCCACAUGCCAGGGCAGAUGGGAGAACGGGAACUUGGCUUUGUCCAUGAAGUUUCUCGAAGGGGAUUUGGGCUCACACAAUCUGAAAGGUUUACAUGUAAAAUAUCCAAGUGUCCCAGUGGCACCCGGUGCCGCGACCGCGGGUGCCGGGUCUAUGUUUGCUCGUCUUCUUCCUGACGUGAACCACCAGCUUCGGAAACUAGCUUUGGUGAUUCCGCCGGACUUGGCACAGUACAUCCCAUGCCAAGGUCACGAGAGUUCCAGUGUUUGCGGGAAUCUGAAGGUAAAGCAGCUGCCGCAGUGUGAGACAGGCUUUCUUGAAUUUGCGCAGGAGAAUGCACCAACUGCAGGAGGUAGGGUUCCGGAGACUUUGCUGGCUGCCAGCCCUCCAAAUUCAGUUUGGACAUGGGCACUUUACACAUUUUCCUUGCUCAAGAAGCACGUUUUUCCGUUCAACUUUGACCAGCAGUAUCCUGUCACAUCCUUUUCGUCAUUAGCAGUGUGGCUUGCUUUAACUGCUUGUUUGAUGUGGAGGUCACGUUUGUAUGGCGUUUCCUGGCUCAUGCUCUCGAUUCUUUUGUGGAGCUGGAAUUGCCACGGGCCAUUUGCAGCUUUCACCGUUGAAGCCUUCCAAGACCUCUCAGGAUUGCAGCAGAACCAAGGGGGUGUUGAAUCAGUAGUUCACCAGUUGCAGUACAGGACAGAUGUGGCUGUUUUCUUCACACUUCUCGAGAUGAUUCUGGUCGUUUUUUGGGCAGAACUCCCGGGCUUGCUGUCAGUGUUUCGAUCGAGAAUGAGCCCAACUGAGAAGGACAGCAAGCAAGUGAUAGCCUACUGGGGUCUCAGUGCAUUUGUCAUCGUCUCCCAGUUCUGGUUGCUGGUCGGUGUGCCAAUGACGCUGUUCUUGGGCCGCGAUUUGGGAACAGAAGUUGAUGACAAUCAACCCAUUCCGAGCUCACCCAUGCAUGUAAUUGAGGUCCUGCUAAACCUCAACAAGAAGGCUCAGAUCCACCAUAUCACCAGAACCGUAGUAAGUUGUAGUUUCACUGCCGUCUUUGUGUCGUUCAUUGGGCUUUAUUUUAUCUUCUUCAUGCUAGCUCUGCCCCCUGGUGCGUUCAUGGCGAUCCUAACAUUUGUUGCCGGACGUGAGGCUCGUGAUCCAGAUCGCACCCUCACAAACACGGCAACGUUGUGUGUCCUCAUCACAGAGCUCCUUUCCUUUGCCACAAUCCUAGGGCCCUUCAUCAUUGCUUACCAGAUUCUGGGGGGAACUGGCCAGUGGUGGCUGGCAUGUGCUUUGGUGGGGAUUUGUGGGCCACUCUUUGCUGUACCCUAUUGCAUGGCUGUGCCAUCCAUCAGCAACCGCAAGAUCUUGAACAUCACCAGUCUAUGUUUCGGGCUGGGGUAUCUUGGCGUAUCACUUGUGGGUGCCAUCCUGCUGUGGAAAUCAGCCAAUGAUGAACUUACAGCCUUUAGCUUCAAUACUUCUGGCGAGGCGGCAGAUUUGCUUUGUUUGAGCAAUUUUACCUUUGCCAUCUAUGGGGCCAAUGCUUGGUUCGUUGGCAGUAGCGCUUACAUGCUUUUGCAGGAUACUGCUGAUGCCGCCAAGCUGGCGGAUGAAAUACAGAAGCAGGUAUCUCACUUAACUUGGAGUCAAGUUGUUGCGACGAUUGAGGACACUUGCCAAAUUCCAUGUGCUGGGAAGCUGAUUGGUUGCUUGUCACACAAGAGCGGGCAGACCUUGAAGAGUUGGUGGGAUGCCUUCUUCCCUUGGCUGGUUUGGCUACUCGAGAUGGACGCGGUGGUGUCAUUCCUCUACCAUGGCGUCAAAGUGAUUUGGCUAGGCUACACAGCUUCCUUCUUUCAGGCGGAGUUCUGCAACACCCUCUUGCUGUUCACAUGGCUGCAGGGGUCAGAUGAUUUUGAGAAGAAGCUUAAGCAUUGUCAUCAAGUGGUCUCAAGUGAGGUGAGCUUUGACGGGUUCCAAAGCAUUUUCGUCACCUGCUGCUUCAUCAGUUGGACAAUCCUGGCUUACGCACAUGCGGGCAGUGAAUGCCGAAGGAUUCGCAGAACUGCGGACAUCAUGUGCAGCAGUGUGAAGAGGAUUUGUUUGUGGAGAUGGUUCUCACCUCGGAUGCUGAAAUCAGCACCGGGAAGAUUAAAUGAGCCACUCAUGCCGCACAGCGACCAGUCUCAGCGCGCAAUCGCCAACUAUUCCCGUGUAUGUUGCGUGAGCACGGAAUCGGCUGAGAAAGAAGUCAGAUGUUCCUGGGGUGGCAUUGAUGGAUGGGAGCAUGUGAAGCCAGAGACGUGGGGAGAAUACCGCAAGGAAUUCUUGCUCUUCGGCCUUUUGCACGGGUUGCUCGGAUUUGCGCGAGAACUCAUGUCGAGGGAUAGCCAUCCACACACUUGGGGCAUUUUGUCAAGCCGUGUGGCUACCGAAGUGGGACUUCAACGUUUUCAUGAUCACCUUCGCAAGAUGGGCUUCACAGUGGAAGGUAACCACACUGUCCUUGAUGAGCCUUUCUUGGCAUAUGAUUGGUUCACGUCCUUUUCUAUCACUUGCCAGUCAGUACUUUGGAUUCUGGUGCUCGUUUCCUUAUGUUGCGAAUGCCAGGGGUGGAGGAGCAGCAGCCAAGUGUACAGCUUUGCGGGCGGUGCCAUUGCUGUCGUUUCGGGUUUGAGCGUCCUGUGCCCAAACUAUGCCAGAAUGACCAAUUUUGCUCAAUAUUUUAUAGGGUGUGGGCAGGAGUUUGAUAAGUUCAUGGAGUUUUCCAUCAGCGGCAUGCUUGGCAUGACUUUUGCUGUCCCGCUGGGUUGUCAAGUGAUUGCCAUUCUCCUGACGAUUCCAAUCACUGCAGUGCGAGGCGUUUGGUUCGUGAUGCUGCAGCACAAGAAAAAAAGUUCACUCGACAGUUCACUGCGAUGCGCACUGCACGUGGGCAUGUGGCUACUUGCGGCUCUCAUACCCUUCGUCACCAUAUUCCCUUUGCUAUUCUUCAACCAACUUACCGAAGAUCCGGACACCCAACAUAUUGUGAAGGCGUUUUGGUUGUUACCGUCAAUGAUGAUUAUCAGUGCUGGGAAACAUAUUGGCGAAACAUGGUUCUACUUUGCAUGGCUCACAGUGUACAUCGGCCUGGUGAGCUGGUACAUGUACCACCAGUCCCAAGUCUGGAAUAUCCAUCUUCAGAAUUUGUUGGAUAGGUUUGACCUUCCGUGGCUUUGGUCCCUGAUGCACUCAGAUUUCUGCCUCACAAACGUGAUCGUCACGGAUCUACUUACCAUGGUGUUUCUACUUACCGCGUCUGGAUCCGAGGAAUCCGAGGAAGAGAGCUCCACCGAGGCAGAAGACUCCCUGGAAGCCAUAGCAGGGCUGGAAUUCUCCAAGGCAUGUGUUGGAGUUGGGGUGCCCUUUGAUUCCAAUCCGGUGAUGGAUGAGAUCCAAAAGCUUGAGGGCUACCAGACUCACUGCAGUGUUGAACGGAUUUUCCUCAUCAACUUUGAUUCCGAGGACUCGGCGAGGGAAGCUGCAAAUCAAACUCUUCCACAUUGGAGACUUGUGGCUUUCGCGAACUUCAAGGCAGACAUGCCUUGAUGUGCUCAAAUCUGGCCCGUCAUUCUGCCGACAGCGCCGCAGGGCAGGUGACACACCAACUCCGCAUAAUUCACAAUCACAGACCAUGCAUGGUGUACAGACCAACAUUCUGGCAAGUCUCGUUCCGUUUCUGAAGUUUGUGCGGCAUGUUUCCAUCAACGGCCGGCAUGAUGGGUUAGAAAGUGUUGUCCUGGCUCUUGCCAAGAUUUGCGCAGGUUAUAGACCUUGUCUUGCCGUGUUCCCUGAUUCAGUUCCAAAUCUCAAGGUUUGAAUCCAGCCGCAGCCUUCUUGUUGUGCUCUGUCCUGCACCCGCCGGUCUUCUUCUUCUCAAUUCUGUGCGGCCUGUUUCCAUCAAUGCCUGGCAUGAUGAGUUUGAAAAAGUGUUGUCCUGGCUGCCAAGAUCUGCACAAGCCACCCAGCCCCUGGUCAAGUCCCAAAUCUAUUCGAAGCCAGUCUUGCUGCGGUGUUUUCCGCGUCACUUCAGUGCUGCAGAUUGCGCAGAUAGAGCAGAACGAAUUCAAGAGAGCCAGUCCAGAAUGGACAUAUUGCAACGGGUCGUAGCAUUGUCCAACAUGUCUUAGGUUUUUUGCAUGAGCCAAUGCCUACUGUCAUGAGUCAUGAUGUUUGGCCAUCACCGAUCAUCUUCGCUCCUUUGUCUUGGUCAUUUUGGCAGACCUUGAGGUGAAAUUGAAGAGACAUCUUUGUGCAUCUAUAUCGGUGCAGGAUUGUUGUCUCGUUCCGCAUGAAGUAGUGAAUGCGCCGCUGGGUUGCAGGGAGCACGCUGAGCGGACAUCACUGGGUGGACAAGUGCCAACAGUGCACUUGGACGGGCAACAGACCCACACGGGCACUCCUA